AUGCAACAAUGUGUAACAACUGGGACAACAGUUCUCCCAGCAAGAAUACUUUGUCUUCCAAACUUUUUCCAGCAGUUUACAGAUGACAACCCAACGAAGAAGAUGCCGCUCUCAAUGAUCCAAUUGAGCCUUGUAGUGCUGGCAGCCUCUGGUCUUGGUGUAACAUCUCAGAUCAAGCUCAAUCCAGGUAACAAGGCCAAAGCAGAGCCAGAAGGAUUUACUACACACAGUGCGGUAUGGAUUGAGUAUCAACGCGAACGUUUUGGUGUUACCAAUAAUCAGGCCAAGCCGCAAAUCGUUAGCCCCAGUCAAAGCACACACAUUGCGGUGCCAGCGAAUACCACAGGACAACCAAUGGAUGUGGUCACACCCAAAGUGGAAACCACCUCAAGGCGACACUCCUCGCAAGCAACAGAGGGCGAAGUUGCAGAUGGAAUGGCUGCUUCAACAGAUGCCACUCAAAUAAACGAAGGCGACAUUCAAUUUCCCACCAUGCAAGGAUUUCUCAAGUUCCUGAAAUCUAUGCAAAACACUUGGAUUAAGAAAUCGGCAUUGAGUAUAGAGAAAAAAAUCAAAUUGCUGAAGCAAUUGCGCGACAAUCUCAUGAAAAUUAUUGAGCAACAAUUCUCGGUUCUGUGGCAACCAACCGAGCGGCAAAGACGCAAACGUCGCGGCCUGUUGGAGGACGCCAAUAUAGACUUUCCACCCGAAGCGGCAAUUAUGAGUAUUAAUUUCCUAACAUUUGCCGUCUUUCUAAUUAAACUGGUGCUGCAAGUGGUACAAAUUGUAAAGAGUAAACACUACAAUUUUAGUGGCUUCAAUAUAAACACAGAGGUCGUAAGGAAUCCUUAAAAUGAAGUGAGGUGCAUUUAUAACACACGUUCUUGACUUAUUUUAAAUG